CUAUUGCUGGUACGCCUGCCUCUGUCUCGGUGCCAGGCUCGGCGAUACCUACACGGCGGCGAACAUCGGCGGGCCCGGCUAUUUUGCGUACGUCCACGCUGUCGUGGCAGUCUGGUUGUCCGGCCAGCUCAUAGCCGUGGUGUGGAAGAUACUCAUGCCCAUGAUGGUCAGUUGGGACGGCUGGUCUGACGACAACUGGUCCGAUGGUCUGAUGGGCACGGGCGCAUUCUUUUCGCAUAUGUUGCUGGCGGCCUGGCUCGCUGGCCAGAGAAUGAAGCUCCGCGAGGCACUCGGGGACCCGGCGCCCGAGAGUCGGUGGACGAAGGACUUCUGCUGCUAUUGGUGGUUCCCCUUCUGCAUGGCCGUGCAGGAGGGCAGGCAGGUGGACGAGAUCACCAAUGUUCAUACCAAGUGCUGCUUCCGAUUGGGUGAUGGAAACCUGCUCAAGCCCGUUUGCGAGGACUUACGGCGACCUGGACGGGCCCCCCCGGGGGCGAUGCGGCCCUCAGCCGUGGUCGGACAGCCGGUGGGAGCUCCCGCGGUCCCAGUGAAGCUGGGCACGGCGGGGAAGGUAGCAGACCCCAAGUAG